AGGUCCUGACUACUGUAGCGCAUACAUUAGCGCGCUCAUAUAAUAACAGGUUUUUCUUGACGUUUACAUGGAGGGUCGUUUUUGACAUGCAGUGUCCAUGGAAUCCCUGGAUGAGACGCCAGUAAUCUACACAAUGGAAAACAAACCGAUCGUCACUUGUGCUGGGGACCAAGCCCUGUUCACAUCUCUGUGCAACCCACUGGCGCAGCAGCUGCCACGGGAACCCAUGGAGUGGAGGAGGUCUUAUGGACGUGCACCAAAGAUGAUUCACCUGGAGGCCAACUUUGUCCAGUUCAAAGAAGAUCUGCUUCCCAAAGAAGGAAACAAAGCCCUCCUCACAUUCCCCUUCUUGCACAUUUACUGGACCGACUGCUGUGACACCGAGGUGUACAAGGCUUCGGUGAAGGAGGACAUGGCGCGGUGGCAGAGCCUGCUCCGCAUCCACGGCUCCACGGACUGGCUCAUCGUUGUGGUGGAGAGCGACAGCAAGAAGAAGAACAAGACCAACAUCCUGCCCCGGACCUCCAUCGUGGACAAGAUCCGCAACGAUUUCUGCAACAAGCAGAGCGACAGGUGUGUGGUUUUGUCGGACCCCCUGAAGGACUCGUCCCGGUCGCAGGACUCCUGGAGCUCAUUUCUGACCAAGCUUCGCACGCUUCUGCUCAUGUCCUUCACUAAGAACCUGGGCAGGUUCGAGGACGACAUGCGCACACUCCGGGAGAAACGCACCGACCCCGGCUGGAGCUUCUGCGACUACUUCAUGGUGCAGGAGGAGCUGGCUUUCGUGUUUGAGAUGCUGCAGCAGUUUGAAGACGCUCUGGUUCAGUAUGACGAGCUCGAUGCCCUCUUCACGCAGUACGUCCUCAACUUUGGUGCUGGAGACGGCGCUAACUGGCUGGGCUCGUUCUGCGCCCCGGUGCGCUGCUGGAACGGGCUGGUGCUGCGCCGGCCCAUAGACAUGGAGAAGAGGGAGCAGAUCCAGAGGGACCAGGCCACCCUGCUGGACCUGCGGAGCUACCUGUUCUCCCGCCAGUGCACCCUGCUCAUCUUCCUGCAGAGGCCCUGGGAGGUGACGCAACGCGCCCUGGAGCUGCUGCACAACUGCGUGCAGGAACUGCGUCUGCUGGAGGUGUCAGUGCUGCAGGGGGCACUAGACUGCUGGGUGUUCCUCAGCUGCCUGGAAGUGCUGCAGAGAAUAGAGGGAUGCUGUGACCGAGCGCAGCUGGAGGCCAACUGCUCCCAUACUGUGGGCCUGUGGGCCUACUCCUCUGAGAAGCUGAAGUCACUGGGCACCCUGUGUGGCCUGAUGUCAGAGAACGGACCUGACUCCGAGGACCUGAACAGAACCGUGGACCUGCUAGCUGGACUGGGGGACGAGAGACCCGAAACAGCCAGCAGCAUGCAGAGCCCCUACAAAAAACUCAAAGAAGCCUUAUCUUCGGUGGAAGCUUUUGAAAAACACUAUCUGGAUCUGACUCAUGCUGCUAUGGAGAUGUACAGAGCGAUAGGCAGGAUGCGAUCAGCCCGGUUGGUGGGGAAGAGCCUGGCUGAGUUCUACAUGAGGAAGGCUGACCCCCGGAGGGCAGAGGGCUUCCUGCAGGAUGCUCUGAGCUCUUACGUGUCAGAGGGCUGGUCUCUGCCCAUCACCCACACCAGGAAGCACGUCGCUCAGUGCCAGAAACUGCUGAACCAGACGGAGGAAUACCUGCAGACGAGUGCCUUGCUAGCUGGCGAUACCAACCUGACGGAUAAGGAACGGGAACAUUUCUGCCAGGAAAUCCUGACCUUUGCCAGCCUCAAGUCCGACAGCCAAGCCCACAAAGUGGUGUUGAGCAUGAGCGCGUUCGCGCAGCUGCGGCAGCUGCAGUUCUGCCCAGCAGCAGCGCUGGUGCACGUGGGCGCCUCCCUGCAGCUGGAGCUGUGUCUGCGCAGCCUGAUGCCCGUUUCCGUGCGGCUGGAGCAGCUGGCCGCCAGCGUACACUUCAGCCUGGAGAAGGGCGGGGCCGGGGUCCGGGCCGGGGCCGGGGCGCAGCGCCAGACGGGCACGGUGCAGUUCCCCCAGGAGAGACCCCCCGGAGCUCAGCCCCGCACCCGACCCCCUGCCCUGGAGCUGCACGAGAUGCACGACCGCAGUCCCUCGGACAACGGCCUCAACUCCACCGGCGUGGUCUGCAAGAACAUGCACCUGCUGCGCCGGCGGGGCAGCUCCGCCUCCCUGGACCCGCCCGGGCAGGUCGGCGUCGCCGUGGACGACGGGGCCCAGCUGCUGAAGACGAGCGAGGUGGUGCUGUCACCUGGUAACAACAGCAUUCUCUUCACUGCCCCUAGUCGAGAGCCGGGCACCUACACACUGAGACAGCUGUGUGCCACGGUGGGACAGGUGCAGUUUGUCUUGCCCCACAUCUACCCCAUUGUGCAGUAUGAGGUGUAUUCCCAAGAGCCCCAGCUCGGGAUCGAGCCCCUCGCAGACAACCUGCUGGCAGGUCUCCCGCAGAGGGUGCAGUUCACCAUCGUCACGGGUCACUACAGCAUAAAGAAGGGUGACGCACUGCAGCUGACUAACACUGAUGCCAUGCCUAUCUUGCACUCCUCUCCUUGCUCGGCCCACAUUCUCUCCAGCACUGGAGACCGUGUGGGAGAGAGUGUCCUCCCUGUGCAGUGCUCUGAGAAAGUGACCAGUAUAUUGCUGCCUAUCACCCCUCCCUACCACACCAUCCAGUUCCAGCUGGAGGUUCUGUGCCACAUCCCUGCGUCUCCACCCCGGCCCGAGACCCAGCGACUCACCAACGGCGAGCUCCAGCACUGGGUCAAGAGCCGCAAGCGAACCGACAGCGGCAUGGCCACCAUCGACCAGAAGAUCUCCGUCGACUGCCCCUGGUCAAUAUACUCCACUCUCAUAGUCCUGACUUUCCAUAUCCCCUUCAAAUCCAAGCACUCCCUGCUCUCUGUUGGGAAGAGGAAGUUCAUCCAGGUAUGUGUGCAGAAUGUGUCUGAGAUGGACUUCCACCUUGUGGAGCAGAGCCUGGCAGAGAGAGAGGGAACCUCAAUGGAGCUGCAGCCUCUCAAUGCUAAAACACAGCAGCUGGUGUACAGUAAGCAGUCCCUCUUCUAUGUGUGGGAGGUGAAGUGGUUCGUAGACCCUCCACUCUGUCUUCAGUGCAUUUUCUCUGCCAGCUUCUCUCCAACGGCUGCAGAGGGCACCAGCUACAAACCAUAUCGCUACGAGUUCCAGCUGGAGAAUGUUUCUACACUCUACAGCCUGAGAGCAGAGAUCAGGCCAGCUCCGGAGGCACAGGACUGCCACACCGGCGCCCUCUGUGUGCUGGAGGUGUGCAUCACACGCCUGUCAGAGAUAUGCGAGGCUGAGAAGGAGGACGCGGGACUGACUGAGAGCGAUGGCCUCUAUACCGCCAAACUCAUGUAUGAGGUUGUAGAUAACAGCAGUAACUGGGCGGUGUGUGGUAAGAGCUCUGGGCUGGUUUCUAUGCCUGUGGCUGCCAGUGCCACACACAGGAUGCAGAUGGAGCUGAUGCCCCUGUUUGCUGGGAACCUGCCGUUCCCCAACAUCAAGCUGUUCAAGUACCUUCCCCACUAUGCCACGCCCGUUAUCCAGACCGACACGGACAGCUGUUUGGAGAAAGACAGCCUCUCUCUGCUGGAUGAUCAGACUGGGGACACUGCCAGCAUCCGUAGCCGGGGGAGUGUGCACUCCCUGGGGGGCGGAGAGCCAGUGUGUGGGCCCCCCCUGCCCCGCCUGGAGCCCUUCAGCACUGGUCAGGUGUUCAACGCCAGCUGGGGGCGACAGGUGCUGAUUCUGCCUGGAAGGGACAAUCACGUGCUGGAGGUCAAUGUCACAUGACCCCCCCCCCCACACCAGUCACAUGACCCCUCUGGGAGCCUGGUGCCCUGCGGGAGUGGUGUGCCUCCUGACUCCGGACUGACGGGAAGCCCCACCCUACGGCAGGCACUGCUGGAGCCAGAGAUCCUGUCCCAUCUCUUACUGAUCAUUUUCUUCAGGUUUUUUUUUUUUUUUUUUUUCUCCACUUUUUGUUUUUUUGACUGAUACAGUUUGUUUAUUUUACUAUCCUCCUCCAGACUGCAGAAUCUGCCGCUCGCUGGUUCCCCCUCCAUUCCGUGUGAGUGGAGUUCUCCCCUCUGAUUGGCUUCCCCUCCACCCUAUGCGGGUGGAGUUUUGACUAUGUCCCUCCCUGACUUUCUCCUCUAGGUGUGGGUAGAUUAAGGACUGAAUCUCCCUCUCUGAUUGGCUUCCUCUUACUUACCCUGGGCAGAGAGUGCAUCUCUUACAUGUCCCAGAAUGCAGUGCUGCUACGCCAUCCCUGUUGUUUCUUUGAAUCCACCAACUAGUCUCACUCAGAACUCCAUCACAGAUGAUCUGCUAAAUGCAAAUGCAAAGACUAUCAAAUCCAAUGCUGGGGGUGUGUGUAUGUGUACGUGCUAUGAUGAGACCAGAUGCUCUGAACCCUAGUGACUGGUAGCAGUGAUAGUGGGGCCAGUAAUAUAAUGGGCAAUGGAGCACCCUUCAGUGCUGCUGUCGGUGUUGCCAACUGCAGAUACAACGCCCCGUCUGGCCACUGCCCAUACUCUCCCUACUACAUGCAUAGAUACUAUACAAAGAACAAAUCCCUGCACUGCCUGUAUAGGUUUCACCAACAGAACAGUUUGAAUAAAUAAAUCAUAAAAAAAAAAAAUUAUUCACUUUAGAAGUGUGAGAGUUGCCUUGUGAAAAUGGUCAGGGGCAACUAUCCUUUCCCGCCUGCCAGUAAACAAGUAUUUCAGAAUGUAUGUCUAUAUUCCUCAUUUCAUAAUUUCCAGUUGAGUGUUUUUAAAUGUGAAAGAGCCUGACUAGAUUUCACCUGUACAUACAGUUAAUGUAGCAGGGGAGAAAUUUGUCUGUCUGUUACUUGCCUGCCUGUCUGUCUCCGAUAUUAGGGGCAUCUGUGUAUUGUGAAUGAACGAUGUACAGCAGAGCGACGUUUAGCGAGGGAGUGCAUGUGUGUAUAGUUUAGUGUAUUUGUGAGGGAGUUGGUUGUAUAAUACAGUGUACUGUUGAGGUUGUGGGGAUUAUAGUGUGGUGGGUGUUUGGUAUAAUGUUGUAUAUUUAUGAAAAGGUUUGUGAUAUAGUGUGUUUGAAAUGGGUCUUGACUGAAUGGACUUGCUGUAGUGCAGACAGAGGCUGUGAAAGUCAUGAAGUCAUGUCUGCAAUGUGAUUUCCUGUGUCUGUAAAUGUCCAUUAACCCCACAUCACUAUGGGCCUUGUUCUGCUAGUCCUCUGACCCCUGGUUUAUUAAAUCUUUGAACUGUGGGUCAAAGAGUUGUCAAUCACAAACCCCUCUCAUUCAAAUUAAUUGUAGCCUACAGUCCUCUGAGAUGAGAGCAAUUUCUAAUAUCUGAGUCAAAAUAGACACACCCAAUCUUGCUGUGUGUUCCUUUUUUCCAGUAAACAGGAAGUUGGAUUUAAGUUUGUACUUACAAUGAAUGUGGUCUUAAACACUACUAGUUUUUAUGCUGACCUGAAACUGAACUGAAACUUUUUGUGGAGGUUAAUCGUGAGUUUGCAUCUGUGUUCAGCACAAAGGCAAGCAGUGUUCUGUACAAUCCCCUGUUUUUUACAUUGAAUUUUCUUAUUGAAUAAUGGAAUUGACCAUCUUGGUUGGCUGGAAAGGAUAGGUGCUUCUGUGAGUUUUACACUAAAAAUGAGUUUUUUAUGGUUUAAGGGAGGGGAGGAGAGGGAAUGGGGGGUCUAUCAAGGUUAGCAUUUUUUCUAUUUCUUUUUAUUUAUUCCAUAAGAUUCUGAGCACCUUGGAUUGCAUUCAGAUUGUGUAAUUAUUUAAAUUAAAAAGAACAUGUAUUGUAUGCAUUAUAAAGUUUCAAAUAUACUAUGUUUUGAAA